CUUUGCUGGCGUGGUGCAGUUCAUCUGUGUCCACAAUUGAGAGUGCCUGAGAUGAAUGCAAAAAACAGCUCUCAAAUCCUUUGCACGUUACUCAAAAGUGAACUUUUCCCCCCCAGUUUUCUAAAACUAGAAGUCUUGAUAUGGGAUACAGGGAAGAAGUUAAUUGCUGAGCAUCGCUAGGUUUUGAUAGGCAUAGAUCUGGGCAUUGGCGGUCUCCAUUUCAGGAGAUUUAGAGUUAUCAUUUCAACACCAUUGCCCUUACGAGGCACUGAGGAAAGUAGAAGGCGAUUUGUAGGUAUAAACUGGAAACAUCCAGGCUGAGAUGAAUUACAAAAUAAAGUUAAUUUUCCCCUUCCUCAGCAGUUUUGGAGUUUCAAUUCAGUUGCAGAGAGUUUCUCUUCCUUUCCCCAAGGAAAACCCUGCAGUUGUGUCAUUUAGCUGACUUGCUUUAAUGCAUUUUUUUUUUAGGAACAGCACCUACUUUGUACUGCAUUACAUGUUUAAGAAUGUUCUUCCUUUACAGAUAAAGCCUUGUUCAGAGCUCUCAUUUCCUGUGAAGAUCUACUUCUGUGUCACUAUCUUGUCUCUGCUAAGUGUCAUAGGGCUAACCAUAGAGACACUUGUUCGACAGACUGAGGAAGAUUUCACCAUUUCUCUUAUUCAGUUAAUUGGAGUUGUGUUCUGCGUAUACUAUGUGACCAGAGGAAUCCUGCAGGAGAAUCGCCAGGAGCUCAUCGUCUUUGUUCUUUCCAUCUUGCUAGUGAUGUUUCGGUCCAUUGUCAACUUCACAGUUCUCUCUGCUGAGCAAAAGCCAAAACUCCUGGCCCGUUUCAUUCUGAUCCUCCUGGUAGGCUCCUUUGAUGUGAUCUGUGCCAUCAUCCUCAUCCAGAGUCAAAGCAUGAUGGCCUUUCGAGUGGGGGGUGCUCUAGAAAGCCUACAGUCACAAUACUUCAUGAUGAACCUCUGCUUUUCCAUGUUGACCUUUGAUCUUCAGGCACAGCUCUGCUUGUGUGUUCUGCUGAUAAGCCUGCAUGAGAUCACCCUUCUACACAACAUUAUCUCAGCAACAGGGGUUCUUUGGGCCUGCUUGAAAGUGACCAUCAGCAUCAUCGCAAUUUUAAAAGAACUGAAGCCUCUAGUGUGGAUUUUUCUGACUCAGAACAUACCUGAAGUAGCUUUUCUCAUCUACCUGCUUUACACGGUAAUUCAUCCAACUUACUUACUCAAUAAUGGGGAGCGAGGCUGGAGGCCUCUUCAUUAUUGCAUGUUCUACCUCUUCAGGAUCAACUUUUCAAGACAGGAACCAGGUCAAAGUGCUGUUGAACUGAUUAGUCAGAGGGAGAGGCUCUCUCUGGAAGUCUCUGCAACUGGCAAAGUGUUCAGAAUUAUAAGGGAAAUCACCACAAAAUCUUCCAGUACAAGAUACAUAGCUCCUCAAAAAUGCCUCCUCUCCUUCACAAGAGGUCUGAAGUGGUGCCAGACCAUCUGAAUGGCCUCAAGUCAUUAUAUUUGAAAGAAUGUCUUAGGCAGCACCUCCAGCUCUCAAUCCUGAUUGCAGCCAAAACAAGAGACAGUGUAAAGCUCCAACAAACUCGAGCGUUAGGCAUUUUUUUGGCAUUGUAAUAGUGAUAAAGCACUUAUCACUAGGACACCCCAGCACCUCCCACAGCACAUAUGAAAGGAGGAAAGGAAGAAGGGCAAGGGCAAAGCAGAUUAUUUUGAUAUUUAUGAGGGCAAAAGCCAUCAUGGCAAGGGCUUGAAUGCUGAGAGCAGCCAGUGUUUUUCAUAUUUCACAUGAAUAAUCUCCAGAUACUGAUAAAAGUCCAUCCAAGUCCUUGGGGUUUUAUUUAUUAAAGGAUGCUCUUCCAAUUACUCACAGGCCUAUUUGAUCUGGCAAAGCAGACACGCAGUCUUUGGUGGCUAUAGUUAUACUGCAGUUAGGAAGAAAAGUACAGGGGGUGCUUCUGACAUGAGUAACAUAACAACUUGAAAGUAGCUCAGUCUCCUUCCUUUUUUGCAUGGUAACAAUGAACACACAAGAGUGACCAGCAAAUGAGGACAUGGACAUACAAUGCAAUACUUCUCUGUGCUAGAUCUGUAAUAUAGUCACUUCUCCAAAACCAGUUAUUUUAGCAUCUUGAUUUGGGAUACACACCAUUGGGGGUUUGCUAACAAAUCAAAGGAGUCAGAACUGGGCUUUUUUAAAAUCUCAUCCUGAUAAUCACACUAACCCUGUUGGGGCAGUGAUUCUUCUUCAAUGCAGUAGAUAGCCGCAGGAUAUAAAUAUUGUUGCUUUUAAUUAAAAUUUGCCAUUUUCUCUGUGUCAGAUCCCUCAAAAGAGCACAGGUGAGGCAAUUACUAAUGUCAUAAGCACAGUGAGCAGGCCAGCCAGGAAUGAAAAUGGGAUCAUGAAGCUGUCCCCCAGACACACAUGACAAUAACAGUACAAUGACAGUCAGGGAACAUAACUUCAUUCUGUAUUUUACAGCAGAAACAAACUGAGAUGUAAGAUGGAGUCUGGUUUCCUUACCUCCAGCUUAAUUGCUUGUUCAAUCUGGGCACAAUACUGUUUUAUAUCACUUCAGUGAUGCAGAAAUCAGAAGGUAUUUAGCUUGUCGGUUUGCAGCCAGGGAAACAUGUCAUCAGGAAAGUAAGAUGGUUUGAAAGUGAACGGGUUUCCCCCCCCCCACAUACUAUCUAGUGACUCCUUUCACAGAUUUAGUGGUUGAUUGCAUUUUAUGGCUUCAGGGUUUUGUGGCAUUAGGUGUUGAUUGCUGUAUGUCUGUUUUCCUGCAGGUGAUAAGAGAGUGGGGCAAAGGGAAUUCUUACACCCUAGAAGCUGCUUUCAUUACCGGCUCUUUCAUUUCUAUUGCAAUAAAAUCUGUUUUGUUUUGGGCACUGAUUCAUGUCUACCGCAGCUUUGGGCAGGGGCUGAGAGAAAGAAGUAAGUACUUAAGAAGUUUAACUUCACUAUGAAGAUUAAGUAGAGCUUGUUGAGCCAAGAAAAUAGGGAUAAUCACGGUACAAGGCAGAUCCCUAAUAAUAUCAGUCACUAGUGCAGCCUUAAAAUUUACUGGUGUGACAAAGUUCAGAAGCUUAGAUAGAAUAUAUGUGAUUUCUUCCUGAAGAAAACAGGUAUUAGUCAACCUUUGCAAGAAUUGCUGAUAACCAGGAAAGACAACCUGUGUGGAAAAAUCUCUUCUAUACAAGAUAUAUGUAAUUUUUCUUCUUUAUCACGCUGUAAAAUUAACUGCUUUAUACUAAUGAAAAGAGAGAUAGUAAAGGGACCUAGAGAGCCACUAAUCUUAAACUACACAAACCUCCUUUUACAUGAAGGACAUAUAUACUGCUAGGCACUGGUUGUUGAUUGAUCUUCUUUCUUCCCACAGUGUUUUCUUCCUAUGGAAGGAUCGACUCCUGAGCCACCCACCUUGUGUCCUAUCUGCAGCUCUUACAGAGUGAAAUCGCAGGGGAAGGUCUGAUCAAGUACUUGCAUUUGGGAUGUAAGACAAUGGGUCUCUUUCACAGAGAUAGAGGAAGUUGCCCAGAAAAAUGACUAUACAUUUCUUGGUUCAUAUUGUGCUAGGGAACUUUAACAGUGCAGCUGGUAACUUAAGUUUAAAAAGCAAAGUGCUCUCGGGAAAUUAACAGUAAUCCUCUCAAUUCAGCGAGUUUUGCUGACAGGACAAUGCAUCUUUCACUCCUUGUUUUCCUGAUGUUGCUUUGUAACCACAGGAGGUUCACAACAUGCAUGUGAGUAGAGAAUGUUGUUAAUAUAAAUGCCAUUUUCUGGGUAUAUACAAACAUAAUGAAAAUAAUUUGUACACCAUCUUACAGACCUGAGUCUAGAAGUGGAUUGCCCUACCAUCAUUUCUCAUGUCAGAUCUGUUGCUGAGCAGAGGUCAAGCCCCAAAGCUGCUUUGCUGGCAGCUGUAUUCCCUGACUCCACAGUUGUGUGAUGGCUUAACCCCAACAGAAUGGCUGAGGCUCUUCUUCCUCAUCUGACUUCAGAAUAUUUCACUUAUUUAUUUUCUGAAAUCCCAGCUACACCUGAAAACUACACAAUGUAAUCUCAUGCCACCCUACAGUGUAUCUAACCAACGUGCCAUUUCAUUCACCACUGUGACUGUUAAUAUAAGCCUUUAAUAUUGUAAUUUAAAAGUUUGGUAUUCUAUUGAUUUGAACCUUUAGCUACUUACUGGCUAUUUUUUAAUAAAGUAUAAGCACAGUUUG